AUGACUAUCGAUUCACUCAGCAGGAUUGCGUCCAAACUCAAAUACAUUAUUCAAGAUGAAGAUACAGCCGGAAAAGCUAAGAUCGAAAAUUGCGUUGGCUCUAUCAAAGUGCCUGUUGGGAUCGCCAGUCCUUUGAGUGUCAAGGGGUAUGAUGGAACGGAUGGCGCAUUCUAUGCCCCAUUGGCAACUUGCGAAUCUACGUUGGCUGCAAGCUGCUUGCGUGGAUUCAAGCUCUUCACUGAUUCUGGUGACAUCCAAUUCAAGGGCGCCUGUCUUCUGGUUUUCUACUCCAGGAAUGCUGCAUCGUUCUACGACCUCCUUCCAGACCUUUUCCCUGAGUUUCAAGAGGCUGCACAAUCCACCAGCAAAUAUGCCAAACUUAUGAAAGUUGAUUCUCAACUCGUGGGAAGCACGGUUCAUGUUAUUUUUGAAUACUAUUGUGGAAAUGCCGCGGGGCAGAAUAUGGUCACGUUCGAUACGCAAGAAGCAUGCGAUCGUUUUGCAGCGUCAAACAACGCUCUAGUAUUGAAGCUUCGCAUCAUAAUGAUUGAGGGCCAGUCAGCUGCCGAAAAAUCCCUGUCUUGGAGAAACAUCUUACAAUCACGCGGCGUGUCUGUCAUGGCAUGGGGAACGAUCACACAGGAAGCAUGCGAGAAGAUUCUAGGUAUUCCAACUUGGGAUCUGUAUGAACUCAUCCAGAAUAGCAGGGAGGUUGCUACACGAAACGGGCAGUUAGGCUAUAGUAUCAACCAAGAAAAUGUGGUUGCAGCGAUGUUCAUUGCGUGUGGACAAGAUGCUGGCUCCAUAGCGGAAUCAGCCUGGAGUCAUUUGACUACUAAAUUCAAUGACGAAACCAAAGAACUGGGUGUCUCAACAUACUUUCCAAGUCUCCACGUUGGAACCGUCGGCGGGGGGUCCAAGGGUCGUUUGGCGGGUCUCAUUGCGUCAUUCUCUCUUGCUCUGGACAUGAGUACAGUGGCUGCAGUCACCAAUAACACAUUUGCAGCGAGUCAUUACAGGUUUGCGAGAGCUCCUCGUAACGCACAAUCAAAGCUUUAA